UUAUUUUUUCAAUAGCCCCCUCUCUAAUUUUUUAUUUGUAAAAUAACAAUGGCCAAGGGCGGCAGAAAAGGAGAUACCAGCAGCAACAGUGGGCCCGGAAGGACACCGCACCACCAAGCCAAGCAUCGUUACGAAAAGGCCGCACCCACAGGCCGUGCCAACCGAUACCUCAACACUCUAUCUGCCGAUCCCACCACUGGAACCGGCAAUGAUUCCGACGAUGCAUACGACGGUGACGAAACCAUGCAGAUUGCCGUUCCCCUAGGCAUGUGGGACUUUGACCACUGCGACCCCAAGCGGUGCUCCGGGCGCAAGCUUGCACGCAUGGGACUGGUGAAGGAAUUUCGUCUGGGCCAGGUAUUCAAGGGCAUAGUGAUGAGCCCCGAGGGCAAACAGGUGGUUUCCCGCGCGGACCUCCCGAUAAUGCAGCAGUAUGGCGCUGCAAUGAUAGAUUGCUCCUGGGCAAGACUCGACGAAGUGCCGUUUGGAAAGAUAAAGGCACAUCAUAAUAGGCUCCUGCCAUAUCUUGUGGCUGCUAACCCGGUGAACUACGGGAAGCCCUGGAAGCUUAAUUGCGUCGAGGCGCUGGCUGCUUCGUUUUACAUUGUCGGGUGGGACGAGAUCGGAGACAUCCUGAUGAGCAAGUUCAAGUGGGGACAUGGGUUCAAGGAAAUGAACAGUGUACUGCUCAAGAAAUAUGCCGCUUGCGAGGAUAACCAGGCGGUUUUGGAGGUGCAGAAUGAGUGGAUGGCGAUGAUUGACAGGGAGAAUUUGAUGAGGGAACAGUCUAAAUUCAGAGAUUACGCUGAUAUCGGCGCAGAGAUGGACAGCGGGUCGGGCGAGGAAGAUGAGGAUGAGGACUUUAAUCCGAAUCGCGCGCCUGGAGCUGCGCCCGAUGGAUACGGGAUUUCUGACGAUGACGACGAGGAGGAGGAUGGGUCGGACGAUGAGAAUGCGUCUGACGAGGAUGAAAUCAGCGAAAGACAGAUGGCCAAGCUGGUCCGCCAGGGCCUGUACCGCACUGAGACCGACCGAUUCGGCAACAUCACAUACAUAAAGAAUGACGAAGACAAAAAUGAGAAUGAGAAAAAGGAGUCCGAGUCCAAGUCCGAGUCCGAGGAGGAAGACAACGAAGACAAGAAGCUGGCUGACAACCUGGCGAACACAAAGCUUUGAAGAAAUAAAACA